AUGCCCCGGGUCCUCAUCUUCGCCGGCGCCCCGGAGGCGGACUGGUCCUCCCCGGACCUCCUCCCACCACCACCACUCCAAACGCCGCCGGCCGGCCCCUCCUGGCGUUCACUAUCCCUCCACCGCGCGCCCCUCGUCACGGGCUUCUCCCAACCCCACGGCCUACCCACCGACUUCAGACCCCCGGCGCACUUCUUCAGCCUCUCCAUCUCCGCCUCGCAAGACCCAAGCGGCGCCGCGUCCCAGCAGGACCUCCUCCUCUCCCAGUUCUACGACCACUCGCUGGCCCUGCACCACGACAUCCCCUCGUCCCAGCUCCCGCACUCGCAGGGCACGCAGUCCUUCGAGACGACGGUCACGGACUCCUUUCUGACGGAAGAAACGACGUCGUCCUCGUUCGCGGGCGACGGCGACACCACCACGACGAGCGUCCGCCCGCCCCUCGCGACGUCCCACCACCUCAGCGACCUCGAGGACGUCCCCGCCGGCCCGGCCCUCCUCCAACUCGCCCCGCAGACCGUCACGGUCAACCUCAUCGCGGGCGUCAUCUCCGUCUCGCCCGCGCGGUCCAUCACCACGCGCUGGGGCACCGAGCUGGCCCUGGUGGAGGUCCUCGUCGGCGACGACACCCGCGCCGGGUUCGGCGUCACCUUCUGGCUGCCCGCGAACGCCAAGAGUAGCAGUAGCGGUGGUGGGAGUAACGUCCUCCCGACGGAGCUGCGGCGGCAGGACGUGGUCCUGAUGCAGAACGUCGCGCUGCACGUCUUCCGGGGCAAGGUGUACGGGCAGAGCCUGCGCAAGGGGCUGACGCGGACGACGGUGCUGUACCGGCGGAGGGUCGGGGAGGGGGACGAGGGCGGGUAUUACCGCCGCAAGGACCUGGAGUCUCGGGGGUCUGGGGCUGCGAAUCCGCAGUUGGCUAAGACGAGGAGGGUGUGGGAUUGGGUCUUGAGGUUUGUUGGUGGCGAGGAGAGGACGGAGGGGAAGGGGAAGGGGAAAGGAAGGAAGAAGGGGUGGGAUUUGCCGCCUGAUGAUACCCAGUGA